GCCUUCUCUCUCUAACACGGCGGAGAGGAAGAAGACACCCACCGCCUCCUCCUCCUCCUCUUUCAUGUUCCUUCUCUUUCAUGUCGUCGCAUUUGUAUAUGAGUUGAUCACAAAGAAUACAUACAUAUUUAUAUAGAUAUAAAAGUUGAAAUUUUGUGACGAGUGCCGGAGGGGUAAAUGACGUGUAAGAAACAUCCUACGGACCUCAGUAGCAGCGUUGGCGUCUGCGCUUCUUGUCUGACGGAACGCCUCCUCUCGCUCAUCGCCGCCCAGGAACAGGUACACCUUGAGGAUCACCGGAAAUCUGACCCACCUCAGAUAAAUUUUCCUCGUUCUGUUUCGCCUUAUGUUAGUCGACGGAAAUCUGAUGUCUCUUGGCCCCACCACCACUACCACCACCUCCUUCGCUUCCAUAGCACUCCUCAGGUGGGUCCUACAUAUACCACCACCACCACCACCACCGAUUUCGCAGCCUCUACAUCAUUCAACAAGAAGAAAGGUAGGUUCUCGUUAAUCUCGAACCUUUUCAGGCCCAGAUCCGAGAAAUUGAAUUUGGAUCCUAGGGUUGAUCCUCAUCGGGAUUCUUACGAGGAGCCGUCGUCGUCUCAGUCCUCUUCUUGGUUCUCAGCGAUCUUCUCCGGACGCCGGAAAAAGCAACAAUCGAGAAUGUUCUACAUGGACACGGAGGAACCAGCUGCCGGCGAAUGGAGAUCUUGUAGGGUGGUAGAUCGGGGAAUGUCGCCUGUUAGAAGAGAGAAUACCGAGGACGAGGACGGUGAUCGAUCGACGUAUGGGAGCUCGCAGGAGGCGUCGCCUGGGUGGCGGUGGCGAAGGACACCAGUGGCUUGCCGACGAGGGAAGGCGGCUUGUGGGCAGGGCAGAAACGUGUCCAGAUUGGCGUUCUGUAUGAGUCCUCUGGUGAGGGCGAGUCCGAACCGGCACUGGAACCAGAAGGGAGGAUUACCGCCAGAGAUAGCAUUUACCGGCGAGAUUCGAGCUCCCGUGAAGCCAUGCCCGGCUGCAGCGGCGCCGUUUUGCAAGAAUCGGUCCAGAAAACUUGCUGAUUUUGGCAGAGUACAUCACAACCGUUGAGAAUCGGCGAUCAAGAUGUGAUUGUUGCGAACGGUUUUCCUUCUUUUUUUUUUCUUUUUUUUCUUUUUUUUCGCUUUGUCUCAUCUGCAGUUUUUUAUUAGUAAAUUACUCCCAUCAUCUCAUUAUACAAAAUGAGAGGGAAAAAAAUGUGGUUUCUAUAUAUUGAUAUUUAUUACAAAAACAGGAUAUUAUUUAUUUUUCUCUUGUACAAUUUAAGAAUCUAACAAUGCAGAGAAUCCAUUGUACCCAUCAUGUGUAUGGUUGAUUUCUUAGGGCGUUUACCUUGACCAUUGCAUCAGAAGCCAUUACAUAAUUCAAUGUUGUCUUAAUUGUGUGAAGAUGGGGUAGUCUCUGAUUUUAGAAUAUAGGAAUAUUUUGAGCCUUUCAAAGGUGUCAUCUUGUCUCUAGGAACACAUGAUGCCAAGGGAGGCUAGAGGAGGCAUGCAUGAGCAAAGAUCUUGAGUGUGUCUGGAACCAUGGUGCAAGGUUGAGCUUGAAGAAAUUUGUUGGUACUUC